GUUCAUGUAGUUCCUUCCCUCCCUCCCUCCCCUCUAAGCAUCGGAUCCCUCUUUAACUAUCCACAAAUCUUUUACCUUUUUGCAAUCAAUCGUUGGAACAAACAAGAAAAACCCUACCUGAAUCACCAAUUUCUUGUAUUUCAAUCCCCACCUUGAAAUUCACUUCAUUCUCUGCCAUGCCCUAUGUUUGUUCUUCAUUGUUUGGAGGUUAAUAUUCGUUACUUUCGUUGAUCAGUGUUCUAAUUUUACAGAUCGAGAUGGUUCCGUGGGGCGGAGUCACUUGUUGUUUGAGUGCCGCCGCUCUCUAUCUUCUUGGACGAAGUAGCGGAAAGGAUGCAGAGGUUCUCAAAUCGGUAACUCGAGUUAAUCAACUGAAAGAUUUGGCACAAUUACUGGAUGCUGCAAACAAAGUGUUGCCUUUUGUCGUGACAAUAUCUGGUAGAGCAGAGCAACACUUUUUGAAACAUAAUGAUGCUGGUUCAUGGAUUCAAGACUCUGCGCUUAUGCUAUCAAUGUGUAAAGAGGUUCCCUGGUUCUUAGAUGAUGGAAGUGCUCAUGUAUAUGUUGUUGGAGCUCGUGGUGCUGCUGGUUUGGUGUUAACUGUUGGAAGUGAAGUAUUUGAGGAGUCAGGACGAUCACUUGUUCGUGGAACAUUAGAUUAUCUACAAGGUCUCAAGAUGCUUGGAGUCAAGAGAAUUGAACGUGUUCUUCCAACAGGCACUCCAUUAACUGUUGUUGGUGAGGCUAUUAAAGAUGACAUUGGAACAGUUCGGAUCCAACGACCCCUCAAAGGCCCAUUUUAUGUCUCUCACAAAACCAUCGAUCAACUCAUUGCAAAUCUUGGGAAAUGGGCCAGGUGGUACAAGUAUGCUUCAAUGAGUUUUGCUGCAUUUGGUUUUUAUCUGAUUGCUAAGCACGCUUUUCAAUACAUAAUGGAAAGAAAACGUCAUUGGGAAUUGAAGAAAAGAGUUCGUGAUGCUGCAGCCAAAAGAGCAGCUCCAGAUAACGAAGGUUCAAAUGGUAAAGCAGAAAAUGGAUUUAGUGGCACCCGAAAGGAUGUGCAAAUGCCUGAUAUAUGUGUCAUAUGUCUUGAACAGGAGUACAAUUCUGUUUUUGUCCCGUGUGGUCAUAUGUGCUGUUGUGUGACAUGUUCUUCACACCUAACGAGCUGUCCGCUAUGUCGAUGUCGAAUUGGGCAGGUGGUGAAGACCUUCCGUCACUGAGAACUGCAUUUGUAUGCAUAUCAAUAACUGUGAUUUUAAACUCAAACUCAUAAUUUUGUCAUUGAGAACUGUAUGUAUCAUGUAUGUAUGUAUGAAUAAUUAUGAGUUCUUAGCAUUAGUUCUACAUUAGAAGUUACAUAUCCUCUGUUCUGCUCGGUUUAUUCUCAAAUUUCCUUACCCGAAGGUGUAAAUAUAUGUACUUCACCAUCUAGUUUACUGUAAUUUUGAAUCAAUUGAGUGAAUCACAAGCCAU